AUGGGCCCAACCCAUUACAUCACCGCUUUGGCAGCGUUUGCAUCUUUCGUAGCAACCUCGCCUGCACACGACUACCCAAAAGACUCCCGAUUGUCGUUCACCCCUGCCAAAUCUGCCCUCCGCCUCAUCAAAACAUCUCCAGCUGAUCCCGGGUCAUGGGUCGCCGAUGCGGGCAAAGACGCGCUGAUCGAGAAGGGAAUCCGUUUCUUCGAUAUCACAGACAUCAAAGACGGAGAAGUGCUCUCUAUGCUGUCUACUCCUGACCACGACUACAGUCAAUACCUCGACACGCUUGACUUGAAUACCGACUUGACAGAUUGGACCCAGGAGGAACUUGGUGACCAAUUCAUGGCCGCCCCUGAGCAAACGAUACCGUUUUGGAGUAGAGAUCAUCGAGCGGAAAACGGCACGAAAGCUGCCGACUGGAUCCUCGAAAUGGUUUUCGGCGCACACUUUGACUCUACUUCAAAAAGUCCUAGUGGCUAUGCCCCUGGAGCCGACGACAACGCUUCCGGGACGGUCGUGCUGCUUGAACUUCUCCGGGCUCUAGCAGAAGGGACACAGCAGAGUGACACAGAGCCUCGAAAGUUGCUUCGCAACACUAUUGAGUUCCAUUUCUAUGCUGCAGAAGAAGCCGGCUUACUUGGCUCGUCAGAAAUCUUUUAUGAUUACAAGGUCAAGAACAAAACGGUGGUUGCCAUGCUGAACCACGACAUGUUGGGAUUCUCUUCCACUGACAAGGUGUCUCUGGGUGGCGACAAGAUUGACCCACGCCUCACACACGUCCUCCGAACCAUUGCGAAGCAACGUGGCAUUGCAACACUGAGCUUUUCAUGCGGAUACGCCUGUUCCGAUCAUGCAAGCGCUCACAACAACAAAUAUCCUGCAGCCUUCAUAACUGCCGAUCGUGAUCCAACGGGCAACGACAGAAUUCACACUGAUAAAGAUACGUUAGAGACGAUCGAGAAAGAAACACUUGAACGUCAUUUCCGAUUUAGUCUCGCGGCUCUUGAGGUUUUCUCGCACGCCAAUGUUACGAAGUUGGGCAGACCAAGUGACGAUCUAAUGUAA